GUUUACCAUCACUACAUUAUGCAGGCCAGUCCAGACAGCCUCUCCCUCAGAGUUUUGUCACAAAGUGUGGAGCACAACACUGAUUUAACAGCCUUUAUUGUUGCACUUGUGCCCAGUCCAAACGUCUGGAAUAAACAGACGCUGUAAACUGUUAGCGGCAGUACUAGUGGAGCUUAACUGCAGUCAGGACCAGAAAAUGUUUGUCACUAUCCUGCUCGGAGACAACAGGAUGGAAAUGUUAAAUCUCAACUGUAAGCUGAUACACUUCAUCCAUCAUUUAAAGGAGAGGUGUGGUCUUGACUUCAAAGAGUGUGUGGACCUGAUGGAAAGCAGUGGUAGAGUGAUGAACCUGGAGGGGAAGCAGCAAAGUGAGGCUCUGGCCAGCAGUGUGCUGAUAGAGAGACAAUACUACGUCCUCUUACGAGUAUGCCGAGAUGACGAUACUGGAUGUCGGAAAUAUAUGCCUCUCCUAAACAACUCCAGCCAGAGUCAUCCUGAGUUAACUGAGUUGCUGAGGAAACUGUCUAACCCUGACAAGGAGCGAGACAGAAAAAUCAGAGGACGGACACAGAGGAGCCAAACCAGGAGCAAAAACAUUUCUGCAAAUAAUAAACACCAUCUAAAAUAGUUUUUGCACUAGUCAAGACUUUAAAGUUGGAUUUCUUUAGACCUUUAACCUGAAACAAAUCCUAGCUAGCAAUAGAUAGGUGGAAUAUAUAGAACCUUUAUUGUCAUUAUAUAAGUGCAUAAUGAAACUUUGUCUGGCUUUCUUCUCGGAGGGGAAUUAAAAAAACAUUAAAAUGAUAAAAGACAGGACAAGACAAGAGCAGCAGCAUCAGUUAAACUUGGCAGUAAAAUUAAAGUACAUACAGUGCAUUAUAAUACUAACUAACUAAUAUUCACAGAACUAUGGACUUGGAGUGAUAGAGGCCACAGCUCUGGGAUAAAAACUGUUCUUCAGUCUGUUAGUUCUAGUUUUGAUUAUCCUAAACCUCCUGCCAGAGGGCAGUGGCUCAAACAGGGAGUGACCAGGGUGUGUGAUGUCCUUGUGAAUGCUGGUUGUUUUCUUCCUGAGUUUAUUGAGGCAUAUUGUGUCCAGUCCCGGAAGCUCCAACCUGAUGAUACGCUGGGCCGCUUUCACCACAUGAUGAAGGUUGUGCUGUUCAGCGGCUGUGCAGCUGGUAUAUCACACUGUGGCGCUGGCAUUUUCUAUGGUAGUUUGGCUUGUUUCAGCUUUGUCAAGAAGAAGAGUCUUUGUUGAACCUUUUUUACCAGUUGUGAGGUGUUGAUGGUCCAUGUCAGCUGGUUCAACAGUGUGACUCCUAGGAAGUAAUUGUAUAUGAGAAGAUGGUCACCGUCUUCAAUAAAAUAAUGUGUGAAUGUUUU